AUUUAUUAGGUAAUUAUGGUUAUGAACACAAUUAUUGUACGAAAGCUAGACAAAUACAGUUGUCGUGUGGAAAACGAAACCAGGAAAAGAACAACGCCAAGUUCUGAGAAGAUGACGGCAGAGUGGAGUGAACUACCACCAGAAAUCGUUGAAACAAUCUCAAUAAAGUUAACUAUCUACUCCGAUUACAUCCGAUUCCGUUCCGUAUGUCGCAACUGGCUAUCAUCCGUCCCCAAAACCCCUCUCCAUCUCCCACCACAGCUUCCAUGCCUCAUUCUUUCUCACCAAUCCUUCUUCAACAUUUCCACCGAAAAAACACAUCUCUUCAAUCUCCCUUUACCUUCUUCUUCUUUCUCACUUCGCACUCGUAUUUGCGGUUCUUCUCAUGGUUGGCUUAUAAUUAUCGAUGAAACCCCUCAUAUUCGUCUUUUUCAUUCUAUUACAUGUGUAACACUCUUUCUUCCUCCAAAUCACACUUUCCCUAACGUUAUAAGCUUCAAUUCUUCAGAUAUUGGUCGUGAGUAUUUGGUUACAAACCCUAACUCUGGAUUUUGCUAUUUAAAUUUGAGACAAAUGUGCAAAACUUUUGUUAGGAAAAUUGUUCUUUCGUGGAGUCCUACGAAAAGCGAUGAUUUCACCGCGUUUGCUAUUGUAGGUUUGAAUAAUUUGGCCUUCUGUAAAAAAGGCUAUGAUUCUUGGAUUCUCUUGACCAAUGAGGUUUACUUUUGGGAAGAUGCUGUUUAUCAUAAUGGAUUGUUUUAUGCUGUGAGUAAAGAAGGAAUGAUUGCGGUGUGUGAUGUUGAUGUUCGUCGAGUUUCUAUUUUUGGACCGAUGCCUCCUAUUCAAUUUGGUGGAGAUAUUCACUAUGCGGUGUUUUCCGGUGAAGAUUUGUUGUUGGUUACUCGGGAUUUGGAACAAGAGUUUUCUGAUAUGGUGGAUGAAUGCUAUAAUUAUAUGUCUAUGUAUCGGACUGUGGGGUUUAUGGUUUUUAAGAUGGAUUGGAAUGUGAUGGCGUGGCGAAGAAUUGAAACGUUGUGUGAUAAAGCCUUGUUUAUUGGGGCGAAUUCUUCUAUGUGUUUUUCUGCUGCUGAUUUUGUAGGAUGUCGUGCAGAUUGUAUAUAUUUCACUGAUGAUUAUUCGGAUAGUAAUCAUGAUGAUGCUGUUGCGAAACAUGAUUUUGGUAUUUUUAGAUUGUCGGAUGAGAGCAUUGAGCCGUUGCCAUGUUAUCCUCGAAACUCGUAUCCUCGUUUUGGAUGGCCGUUUGGUCCGUUUCCAAUUUGGAUUUCGCCAAAUCCUUGCUAAGUUGAAAAAUCUCAACUGUGUAAAUUGAUCUGCCUGUGUUUAUUAGUGUAUACGCUUGCCAAUUUCCAAUGCCCUUUUUUAAAGCUUGGCUUAUUAUUGUAUUGUGCAUAUUCAUGUCGCAAAUUCUAGAUUGCAAACCAAGAUCAAUGUAUUAAUGCAGUAAAGUAACCUAUUAUCUGUACUGUAAACUUGUAUUAUUUAUGAAUGUUUAUGUUUAUUAUAUGCUUGGUGAAUUUGGUGUGGAUUAGAUUGGAGAA